AAAACUCAGAAACCGUAUUCCUAGAGAGAGAGAGAGAGAGAGAUGGCGGACGAUGAGAAUGGGGAGUUUUACCUUCGGUACUACGUGGGACACAAAGGGAAGUUCGGGCACGAGUUCUUGGAGUUCGAGUUCAGGCCCGAUGGGAAGCUGAGAUACGCUAACAACUCUAACUACAAGAACGACACUAUGAUCCGUAAAGAGGUAUUUCUCACUCCUGCCGUGCUCAAAGAAUGCCGCCGUAUCGUCGCCGACAGCGAGAUUAUGAAGGAAGAUGAUAACAACUGGCCAGAACCGGACCGCGUGGGGCGCCAAGAGCUUGAGAUUGUGAUGGGAAACGAGCACAUAUCGUUUACUACUUCGAAGAUUGGGUCCCUCAUGGAUGUCCAGAGCAGUAAAGAUCCUGAAGGCCUUCGUAUCUUCUAUUAUCUUGUUCAGGAUUUGAAGUGCUUUGUGUUCUCUCUCAUCUCGCUACACUUCAAAAUCAAGCCCAUUUAGGGGUCAUGGCAUUACUAUGGGGCAGAAAGGCUGUGGGCUUGAGAGUCUUUACAAAGUACCCAUUUUAUUUUUUUGUAUUUCCUAUUUGAUGGUUGUCUGUUUUGCCAGGGAGUUGGGUAGUUUGAGUGAGGUUACCAGGGAUGUUAAUUUGUUAGACAAACUUAGGAGUUUGUAAUUUUUCAUCUUCGCCUUUGUUCUUCUCUUUGUACUUCUCUUUUGAUUAGCAUGAGUAGACAUGGAAUUGCAUCGAGAACAAUGUGCAUUUCUUCGUCUUCUGUGUCACUAUAGUUACAAUGAUUGGGCACACCCUGAUGUUAUCAGUACCCGCUUGUUAAUUUUGAUGAUGUUUUGCAUACCUGUCUAUGUAUUGAAGCCUACUUUGACAGCUGAGAAGGUGGUUCUUAUGAGAGCCAUUCAACUCCUUGU